UGUUAUUGAAUGAGCCGCCACAAGAGGAGGAGGAAGAAGACCCAAGAUUGAGAGAGAGGCGUGACCCAGAACACUUUCAUCAUAUCUCCUCCCCGUGACCUCGCAUGACCUCGUGACCCUGAGAGCAGCUAGGUCAGUCCCUCACCUCUAAGUGGAGCGCCGCGCAGCACACAGGCGCCAUGCAGAACGUGAUAAACACAGUAAAAGGAAAGGCUCUUGGAGUAGCUGAAUAUCUGACGCCCAUAUUGAAAGAGUCGCGGUUCAAGGAGACAGGCGUGCUGACCCCAGAGGAAUUUGUAGCAGCUGGUGACCAUCUAGUCCACCACUGCCCUACCUGGUGCUGGGCUCAAGGGGACACAGCCAAGAUUAAACAAUACCUACCACCAGACAAGCAAUUUUUAAUCACUCGCAAUGUUCCCUGCUUCAAAAGGUGCAAGCAGAUAGAGUACCACCGCGAACAGGAGCUUGUGUUAGAGAGCGAGGGUGACCCGGACGGAGGCUGGGUGGACACUCAUCACUUCAGCGAUUCAGCCUUGCUUGAAGAAAAAGUUGCAGAUAUGGCCUCUGGAGGACAAGAGAGAAGAGAAAAGUAAUGAUGUUGGUGAUGAUGAUGAUGACGAUGAUGAUGAAGAUGAUGAGGAGGCCGCAGACAUGGAGGAAUUUGAAGAGUCAGGGAUGCUGGAACAAGACGACCCGAGUGCAGUGCAACCACCACCACCACCACCUCCGACCACCGCCACCCGCCGCCGCUGCAGCUGGGGUUGGUGUGGGGG